AUGUUGCUUAGACCUAUUUCGCGCUGUUUUAUUCGAUACAACUCCACCAACGUCGCUUCUGUUGGCAAACCCUUCAAGUCGUUGGAAGAGAUUAAAAAAUUUUUAGCAGCACCAAGUUGGAACCCAAAGGAUUUUGUGCUGAGUGACAAAACAGUUGGAGAUGCUUCCAGCGAGGAAAAGUUGGUCACCACUGAUGAAUUGAAGUAUCUCUUGAGGCUAUCGAACUUGAAGCUUCCUCAGGACGAGCAAGACCAACAGUCACUACUAAACGAGUUGAACAACCAGAUCAAGUUUGUUAACAGUCUCCAUUCUUUGCCUACGAGCUCUUUGGUUGGAUGUGGAGGAGACCUGAGCUCGAUCAGCGAGCAAAUCAGACUUUCCAGCAGCUCGAGGAUACUCGACAACAACCCAGUGCCAUUGAACUUCGACGAGUUGAUGAGCAGCAUUUCCUCCAUCAGCAACAGCGUCGAUGCUGAGAAGGGCGAGGUGUCGAGCUCCUGGGGGCCCAUGGAGUUGACUUCCAAUCCACUGAACGACCACCAGUAUGUAGUUGUCGAAAAGCCUUAG